GGACAGACUGGUUAUGAAAGGGUACAGAGGAGGAUUUCAGUGACACCCACACUGCAACCUUCACCACCCGUGUGUGCACGUCUGUGUGUGUGUGUGCCUGCCUGACUCUCUCUGCAAAGUAGGAACCACAGUGCACCCGUCCGCGGGGAGUCGCGCCAGUCCCGAGCCGGGAGAGCGUUAGGGGGCGGGCCCUCGUGGAGUCUCCGCACCUUGUCAUUGGUCGUCACGAGACGGUUGUGUAACGUACGCAAAAGGACUUUGCGCAUUGUUCGUAAAUACGCAAAUCCAUAUAAUGGAGUCUCACCCAGAGCUAAUCGCUUAGUCCGGCUAAUACGUGCUAAGUUCCCUCUCGGCGAGCCGAAGAAAGCGGCGAGGGGUUUCUGAUUAAGAAAGAGAGCCGACGUCGGUUCUCGGACCACAAAAGGUAGAACGUUGUUGGUCUUUCCCCCAAGAAGGAAGACGCGUUUGAAAGGCCAACUGGUUUCUCUUUAUCCCCACCGAGCUGCGGUGCAGCCUAUGCUAUCCGGUCGUUUCACAACAAAGAGCUAUAGCGGAUGAACGUCAAAGGACUCCCGGCAGCACGGCGAAGAGCACCGCGGAUCCGCGUUCUGAUGAUAAAGACCAGCGUCUUCAAGAUUAAAAUACCAGGAGAAGCUUGACCAUCAGACUUCCAACCAGAUGUGGCUCCGAUAACCUGGGAUGGUGCCUCUCUGGCCAAAUAAAGGAUUGGAUGCACAACUCCAUUUCUACUAGUCUCUCUACAUAAUGGCUCAUGGCUGGGAUUCAUACUUUCCAAACCUUCCACCUCGUUCAUCAGAUCCUCGAAACCUGAGGAGGAGGGAGGACUCGGAUAGACCUCUAUCCCAGCAUAUAGGGAACUUUGUCGGGCAUCAUAAUUUCUCCGGUCCUGUUGGCUCAGGAGAAGUUCCUGUACCAAACACAAACUACAAUGCAAACUAUUGCAGAAAUACCAGUUUUGAAACUCCAAGGACAGACUGUGUUUAUAAUAGGUACUAUGAAAGGCAAUGGCAAGCUGAUCGACAACAAAUGGGACGGGAUUACCCACAAAGAUAUAGGAGCAGAAAUUCUCCCAGUUUUGCUCCAAAUCCAUUGCCACCAUCGGGAUCUUAUCAUCCAUCAUUUGCACCAGAUUUUCAUCGUCCUAAGCAGGACCGAGACAUGCGGGCAGCACCAUAUCGUGGGAACUACUCUGCUAUAAACAACUGCUCUGACACAGAUGCAAGGGAAGCAAGGCCUUCAUGCAAGUUCACUCGAAGUAACUUUUUUCCAAGACCAAAAACUGACAUUGUUUUAAAUGAAAACUCAGCAAAAUACAUUUUCUCUGCAACUGGAAACAGAAAUUCUCAGACUGAAAGACUGUGCCCUAAUAUUCCAGAGACAAGUUCAUUUUCAGUCAAAGGUUACAGGGAACACAAUCACUCUUCUGCUACCUCGCCUGGUGUAAUGACUGCUGGAAAUGAAUAUGAUGGAAAUGAUGCAUUUCAUGAUCAAAAACAAAAUGUCUAUGAGGAUGGAGCCCUUACUGCAGAAGCUACAUUUUCAGACUUCCACUUGACUAAAAAAUGUUCUGGAGAUGGAAAUCAUGAGCAUUUAGUGGACAAGGAAGGGGAUAAGCUUCUAAAAUCAACCGCCCCAACUACAUUUGACAGUAAACAGGAUUACCGGAAGGAUGAUCAUUUAGAUAACAUCAAUCAAGAUGAGGUAUUCAAUAAUCCAAAUUCAACUGAUGAUAAAGACUCAGUUGUGAAGGAGAAUGAGCUUGAAAAAAGUCCGGGCUUAGAAAACCUUUGGAAAAAAUCAUGCUCAUUGGAUGACGAAUUAUUUGACGAAAAAACAUCCAUAAUUCCAGAUUCUACUAACUUCGAAGAUGAAAUAAUGGAAACUGAACAUGAAGAAGCAAUCCAGAAGGAUAUGUCUCUCCCACUUGUUCUGAAUGAAUCGAGUUCUUCAAAUGACGACGACGAUGAGCAAAGUGAAAGCAUUGAGUUCAGUUUGCAGUUACCUGAACAACAAUCAUGUGAAAGUCUUGGUGGGAUGAGUGAUGAUCAUUCAAGCGACUCCAACACAGGCACAAACAGUCAAGAAAUGCAGAACGAUGAAGAAUUUUCAAGUGCAGCAGUCGAGGAAAUUUCCACUUUAUCUCCAGAUAUAGAUUGUUGCAGACAAGAUGACACUAGGGAUCCAUCCUCUGAAGAGAUGAGUAAUCCCAAAAAUAAAUGUGUGGCUAGUCCUGUACUGUUGAACUCAUCACAUAGCUCAAGUGACGAUGAAAAUAUCCAGACAGAUAAAGGAGCUGCUAAGUCAAAAAUGUUUUCCCACGAUCCAGAUUGCAUUGGCCCCAGCGCCAUCGACUGCAUUUUGAAGAAUUCCGCUAAUGAGAAUUAUGAACAAGAUCUUGUUCAUGCAGAUUCCUGUUUGCAACCAUCCUCUUCGGGCACUGGUUUUUCUAAUGAUCUUGGUGAUGAAAACAGUAAAUGUGUUGAAAGUCAUCAAGAAUCCCUACUAAAGCAAAAUAAUUCAGGCACAAACUCAUACACAGUUAAGGAAAAGGGAAGACGAUCGGAGAAGAAGGCUUCUCUAAGUCAAAACUCUAGGCCCACUAUGGAUGAUAUUGUUAGUCAUUCAAAAGUCCUUUUAAAGGAAAGUAGGCUGGGCACAAACUUGCAUGCUGAUCAGGACAUGGGAAGCUCAACAGACAAGGAAGCUCCAAGCUUGCCUUCAGGUCUAGAAUCUAGUCCCUGUGUCACAGACACUGCUUCCAAUGAUGAUGGUGUUAAUCGUUCAGAAUCCCUGCACCCAAAUGCCUUAAACACAGAUUUGCUUCCCUUUUCAUCUGAAAGCUCAAACGCUACCUCCCCUACAGAUCCAAAAAAUAUUACCAGAGCUGACAGUAACACAGAGAGAGAUUUCAGUGAUUUAAAGUCCUGUUUACUGCCAAAUGCAGCAAGUGAUGUCAAUUCACUCUCAGAAGAGGAGUUGACAAGUCAUGAGGAGAAAACAGCCUUCCUCCAAGAUCCACAAACUUCAAUAUAUGAAGGUUUUGUGGAUCAACAACAAACAGAACAUGUACAUUUUUCCAAAGAUGCAAACGAUGAAAAGUCAGACCUGUCAGAACCUGGCCUGUUGUACGGGGAGCCUCUGUCCGGAGAUGAGUCCUCAUGUGAUGCUGUCGAAACGUACAAUGUUUCAAAUAAGCUUCAAGAAACAACUAUAAAGACACCUGGUGAGAGCCCCGUGGACCAGUUAGAAUGGCCAGCACCUCAGCUGACAUCUUCUGUACAGAUGAGACCAUUCCUGCACCCUGUUGUAAAAUUAAUGAACAUGGAGUCAGCAGAUGGAAUAAUCAACACAUACAGUUGUGCUGUUUGCCAACACAUAUCCGACAGUGUGGAUCAUCUAAUCGAGCACCACUACUGUUGCCACCCUAUGCCGAGUUAUCAGUUUUGCAAGGCGUGUAACGUCUAUUUGAUUAAAAACGAACACCAUAUGUGCAGUCAGAUCACCCCACAGAAGAAGAAAAACUCUGGCCCCUACAAGUGCAAUAGGUGCGGACUCGUAUUUUCAAGAAUACUUCACUAUGUCAGGCAUAUGCGUGAUCACACGGGCAUAACACCAUAUCGGUGCACUGGAUGUGGCUUGUACUUUGCACAGUCUAGUUCUUUAAAUCAUCACAAAAAAGUUCCUGGUAGGUGCAAGCAGCUUAUGGCACCUAAGAAGAGCCCCACUGUUGAUAAAACUGAAACACCAACACAGAAUGAUGUGGCCCAAAAAACUUUAGACGAGAACAUAAAGCAAUGUUACAUCAGGCUCACUGACAUCUCCAAAACCAAUGUCUGCCAUUUAUGUUAUCAAAGCUUUUCUUCUGCAAAGAAGACCAAAAGGCACAUCUACAACGUGCACUCAAAAAAAGGCAUGGAGACGUUACAUAAAUGCCCUCUUUGUCCGAGGCAUUUCAAGUACUCCUACAACAGGGCUCGGCAUUUGCGUUUCUGUGUCCGAGGUGCGAUAUGUGGAGGAAAGGUGAAAGAUGGUGAUAAAUAUGUCUGUCCCUUGUGCAAAGCUGCCUUCACAGCAACAUCCAACAGAUAUAGACAUAUUAAACUAAUUUGCCUGCGAGAAACUAUAAAUCGGCUCGCAAGGGAGGGGAUACGAUUGUAUCACAAGUCCAGGAAAGACAAAGAUCAGAAACCACAAUCUAAAGAAGCCAUACAGAUGACACAAGGGAAGGAGGGAGAAUCAAAAACGCAGGCACCCCAAGUUCCAACAGCACCCACCAUUCAGUACAAAUGCAGUCAUUGCCCUGCUAUUUUUUUCCAUCCCUCGGGAAAGUAUAGACACAUGAAAAAACAUGAGUUGUUUAAACGCACUGGCAAAAUAAUCAGGUACAGGAAAUCUGCCGUGUCCAAACCUGCAUCUUCAGUUGACGCGAUAACUGAAGAGGGCGGCAGUCAACCAGACACGGCACCAGAAUUUCCAAAACCUACUUUGAGCUGUCGCUUUUGUGGACUAGGUUUUGAUGUUCUGUCUUCGCUAAAGACACAUGAGCGUGGUCAUCAUGGCGAAAGACCAUACCGCUGUCUGGAAUGUCGAAAGGGAUUUAAGAAACUUGCCCAUCUGAUUAAUCACAAAGUUGUUCACCUGAAGAAGAUACAAUGCACAUCCUGUAAAAUGAUUCUGCCUACAAUUGGGGACUUGAUCCAACAUCGAAACUCCCACCCAAGAAGCAAAAAGGGAAUGCUCCAGUGCCCAGAGUGCCCAGCGCAGUUCCCAUAUCCAGUGUAUCUGCUUAGGCAUCUAAAGACACACAAAAGUAAAGACAAGACACAGAACCCUGAGGGGGAAACUCAAGCGAAGCCACAACAAUUCUCAGAAACUGUCAAAGGGAAUAAUAAGCCCAAGCUGUUGCAUUGUUCCUUGUGCAAAGAAACAUUUGAGGAUGCCCAUAUACUUAGAAAACACUCUUUCACUCACAUUUCAGGCUCUUCAAACGAGUGUCCAUUCUGCAGGAGAAGAUGUACAUCUCGUCAUGCUCUGACCAGGCACAUGGUCAAACACACCGGGGACAAGCCUUUUUCCUGUGGCACCUGUGGAAAACAGUUCUAUCGCUCAAUAUACCUCAAAAUACACUCAGAGACUUGCACACAUCAAAAAAACAAUCUCUCUGUAGAAGCAAAUUAUAAUAAUAAUCUGAAAUAUAAAAAGCAUUGUUGCACCAUUUGUCCUCGGAGGUUUUGGAAACGAAUCCGUUUAGAAAAACACCUCCUCGCCCACAAGAAAAGGUCGCUGCGUUUGUGUGAAGAUUGUGGUCAGUACUACGGAGUGCAUGUGCUCUCUCGUCAUAAGCUGAUUUGCGCCGAGACCAAAAAGACCUCUGCUGACAAAUCAGACAUUGCUGACAAAUCAGACAUUGCUGACAAAUCAGACAUUGCUGACAAAUCAGACAAUGCUGACCAAUUAGACAAUGCUGACCAAUUAGACAAUGCUGACCAAUUAGACAGUGCUGACCAAUUAGACAAUGCUGACCAAUCCGACAGUGCUGACCAAUCAGACACUGCUGACAAAGCAGACACUGCUGACAAAGCAGACAAUUCUAAUAUUGAGUCAGACUCAACUCAAGUAAGCCAGACUUUCCAAAAAACGCCUUCCCACUCUAAUGCAAGCAAGAUGUUCAAGUUGAAAUGCCCCUAUUGUUCAAAACGUUUCCAGUACACAUCAUAUUUAUUGAGACACAUCGUUUCACAUACUGGCGUUCAACCCUUUAGAUGCAUGCACUGCGGCCAGAGAUUCAGAUCACAAAGUCUGAGUUUAAAGCAUGAAGCCUUUUGUAAUGCUGAGUCAAAUCCAGAUCAGCCAAAACCCAGUAUUAAUGCUGAGGCAGAUACGGCAUCACAAGAUAUCCUACCAGAGGAUGAAGCUGAGUUGAAGUGCAAGUUCUGCACUCAGACGUUUGUGAAUGCAAGAAGCCUGAGGAAUCACAUUCUGACACACAAUGAGGUGAAGCCGUAUCGCUGCAAAGCCUGCGACAGCUGCUUUUCACGGUAUGACCAUCUGAAAGUGCACCAGGCUCUGUGCAAAAGUAAAAACACACGGCUGGAAGUGAGAAUCCCCAAAAUCAGCCUGGAAGAUAUUGGCAAAGGUUGGCAAAGUAAAUUCAACCUAAAGCCUGUUGAAGAGCAGGAGAGUUUUGACUGUAAGGUCUGCUUGAAAAGCUUCCCAACUGAGAAUAGACUUUCUAGGCACACGACUAUGUUCCACACCGUGAAGAAAUUCAAGUGCUCAAGGUGUGGUUCUGCUUUCUCCCACGAAAAAACUUUGAAACAACACCAAAGGAUAAAAAAGUGCAGAAAGCCGAGGAACACAUCAAGCACUCUGCUGCAGAAAACUGAUGAACCAAAUGACAACAUUGCCAAACAACUUGAUGGCAUACGAAAAAAAAUGUUGGUGAGGAUUCAGCCUUUAUUCAACAAAGACUUAAAGUUUGCAUGCAGCUACUGCCCUCGUGCUUUCAAAAACAGCUGGCAGUUAAAUGUGCACAAUCGCUUACACACAGGAGAGCGGCCUUAUUCGUGCGAGCAUUGUGGCGAGAGAUUCAUAAGGAGCGACUAUGUGUUGCGUCAUUAUCCCAAGUGCAAGGAGAAAACUCAGCCAAGAACUGCUCUCUGUGAAAGGUGCGGUGGAUUUUUCUCUGAAAAACAACUGGAAAACCACAAAGAAAUGUGCAUUCUGAGAUCUUCCUCACCAGCCGUCCCCAAAAGCAAGCAGCCACCUUCCCAAGGCCCACCAAAAGGCUUCUCAUGUGCAUACUGCAGUUCACGAUUCCUGCUGUUUUCACAACUUCAAGAGCAUUUUCUAAGUACGCACAAGCUGGAAACGGAGACUUCGCCAAUGUCAACUGCUCCACUGCAACAACAUCUGUCCAACAUGCCAAAAAUCAAAGAAGAGCCUGUGGAUGAGAGUUACGGAAAAGCUCCAAGCAACGAUGCUGAUAUUGCUAGAACAGACACAACUCUGACGACUGACGCCUCAGAACUGCUUGUCUGCCAAGAGUGUAACAUGUGUUUCACUAAUAAAGCGGGACUAACUGGUCAUCAGCGCACACAUUCAACAGAAAAACCAUAUGUCUGUAAAUACUGCAACAGGGGCUUCUGGAACAAAACUCAACACCGAAAUCACUACAGGAAAUGCAAAAACGUACCCCUACAGCUGGACAUCCCUGUAAAAGCAGAGAUUGAUUAUGCUUUUAGUGGCUCCAAGGCCAAAGACUUGGAAACUGCAGCAACAACAGCUAGUACAAAAGUUUCACAAGCUAACGUGCCCUGCAAAGAAGAGCCGAAGGAGGAAUCGACACAGAGCCCAAAUGAAAAUCAGGUCCAGAGCAGCAACUCGGAAAAGAAAGAAACAGAAAAGAAGACCGUCCAGUACCAGUGUUCAGAAUGUGAUAAAAGCUUCACUGAUGGCCUGUUGCUCAUAAGUCACCUUGAAGACCAUGGAAGAGAGGAGCAAGAGAAAAAAGGUAAUAAAUGUUCAAAGUGUGGGCGAAUGUUCUCUAAUCCAGGAAACCUGAGAAGACACAUGAAACUGCAUGUGGUUCACCAUAAGUACUUUUGCUCAGUUUGUCCCAGGGCGUUCAGCACCACGACUGAUCUCGAAAAACACAGAAUGAGCCACGAUGACAACAGACCCUUUCCUUGCAAACUGUGUAAGCAACGGUUUUGGACGAGGGUAGCGUUAUGUGACCAUUACAGUGGAGAACAUGCGGACGAAAUAUUUCACUGCCAGUGUUGCAGCAAAGUGUAUGCAUCCAAACGGUCACUGUGUAGGCAUUAUAAAAAAUGGCACCCAAAAGAGCUGAGGGAACUUGGGAGUGCACAUCUGCAAAGGGGCAGUAUUGACCAGCAGUCUAGCAGUUAUGUAAGUACGAAUGGUGAUAGCGAUGAAGACCAAAACCUUGAUAGCGACAGCGAGUCCGACUCUGCCCCUUACUUCCCUUGCCACGUGUGCGGGAAGACGUUCCCAACAUCCGAAAGUCUCGAGGAUCACCAGUUGUGUCACCUGGGCAAGAAGCCACACGAAUGUGCCGAGUGCGGUAAAUGUUUCUUCCAGGCGUCCCAGCUGCAGCAGCAUCAGCGAAUGCACAAGUCUGAGUUUCAGUGUCAAACAUGCGGCAGAGGGUUUGUUUCGCUGUUUGCGCUGCGGAACCAUAAGCACACUCACGGGAAGAGUCGCCCGUUCCGUUGUUCCAAGUGUCACCUCGGCUUCGCCGGACCCACGCAGCUAGCAGAGCACAUGUCCACCCACCGCGAAGAGAGCUUUCCAUGUGACAUCUGCAACAAGAUAUUUCGGUGUAAGAGCAGCAGGGCUGAGCAUCGGAAAACCCACACGGCAUCAAGCGAGGGCUUCCCAUCCUCUGCUUCAAAGGGUGAACGUGAUCAGCCCAAAAGUGCAUUUGGAUAUACCGCAGAGUUCAAGUACCGCUGCGGCAUCUGUUGUGAGCGCUUCAGAGAUCCAGAGGAACUCUCGGAACACGGUUGCUUGGAAGCCAGAGAGCGGCCCUAUGCUUGCGCGGAGUGCAAUAAACACUUUCUUCAUGCAUCUCACCUGAAAAAGCACCGGAACGCCCAUCGGCAGUCGUGGUCUGAGCGAGAAUAUCCGUGCAAUCGGUGCAACAGUAGCUUUUCUUCCUCCCAGCUCUUCCUCAGCCACCUUGAAACCCACGUUGACACUGCGACAGGAAUCAGUCGGGAAAGACACCCAUCAGAUGGCUUCAUAUGUCCCGUUUGCCACCAGUGUUUCCCCAGCGCCACAGAGCUGAGCCGUCAUUUCCCCACGCACCCCGAUUGUGUGCCUGAAAAAGAUAAACGCGACUCGUCUGAAAGCAAGCUCGAGGAAGAAGAGCUACUUCACCCCACAGCGCCACCUGAAUACGAGUGUGGAGAGUGCGGCGGCAGAUUUCUGGGGAAAGAUGCUCUCAGUCACCAUAAUUGUUUCCUCCAACAGCAGGAUGUAGUGGAGAACACAUACUCUGCAGCACACGCAGAUCCGGCUCGUGAGGCUGCAGGGGACGAAGAGGAAGUCGACGUCACUGGAGAGGACCUGUACAGGUGCCACGAGUGCUUAAUGCAGUUCUCCUCUAAAAGUGCCCUCCUGGAGCAUCAAAACAGUCAACACCCAAAUAACUGGAAGGCGUUCAAAUGUGAGACCUGUGGAAAGACCUUCGCCAAGAAGUGUUACCUCAGAAAGCACGAGUCCAGGCAACAUGGUCGUAAAGUUCAGCCCGCCGCUACAGGCGACCCGGGCAAGAAGUUCAAAUGUGCCCAGUGUGCAGCCAGAUUCAGCACAGGCCAGGAUUUGUCCAACCACAUGAGACUGCACGCUGAAAAGCAAGCCGGAGAGUACCGCUGUGACAUGUGCUACAAGUCCUUCAGCAAGCGGGCUCUUCUGAAGCAGCACCAGGAGAGUCACGUCGGCGAGGUCGUGUACGAAUGCACAGAGUGCGACAAAGCUUUUGCUUUUCCUCAUCUGCUGGAAGAACAUCAGCGUUCUCAUGCAGCAUCCUCUUGAGUAAUGGGUUCCAGUUUAUCACGUAUACCUUCUCUCUAACUAACUCGAGGUAUUUUAAAGUCCUUUUAUGCUUCUGUGUACUUCCAGCCGUUCGGACCUUACUCGUUUUGCGUUUUCAAAAAGCACUUCACAUGCAUCAGUUUGACAGAACAUCUCUUUAGUUGUGUGUCUUUUCAGUUGUAUUACUGGGAUUUGUAAAACAAAACAGUUUGAGACGAUGUGUGUAAAUCUGUGUUAACAUUGUUCAAUUGUUAGAGAAAAAUGCAUACUGAACAAUAUGUCCUGAUUGAGGAGUUCUGUUUAAAGGGUUCAGCAUAUACUGUUGGCAAUAUGUACGGUCGGCUUUACCCGGUUCAUUUUAUUUCUUUGAAACGGCUUUCUAUACAACUAUUCCUGUACAAUAUUGUUUUAUAGGUUUCUCUCUAUUUCUUGGAUGCCUUUUACCAAUUGUUUUUUGUUGGUUUUGUUUCUUUUUAAUGUGGAUUAAAAAAAAUCUUGUACAGACAUCAAAAUUAUGCUUUAAUGGGAAUAUUCUUUUCACCACCUGUUGUAAUGAUCUUAGUUGAUACAUUUAAGUAGUAAAGCCAACUUUAAAAUCCA